AUGGUGGCUGAAGCAGGAGCUAGCAUCCAGGCGGAAGAUGUCAAUAAUGACCCCUUCCGUGUAGACCAACUCAUUCUGGAUUACGACUAUAUGCUUUAUCGGAUCAAGGAUCAUGUUGCGUCAAUCCAUCUCGCUACCACGGAGCUAUGCCGCAAGCAGAACCAAUUGGUCUGUACCGGAAUUGUGGAGGAAAUCAUUGACAGUAACAUCAAGAAUGUCCGAGAACUUUUGACCAAGUGCAAGGAACUGGAAACGUACUUCGAGCAGCUCCACGCGAUUGAUGGUAUCGUGAGCACGUUCCACGAGAGGAUGGACGAAAUAGUGAAACAGUAUCGCGAUAUUAAAGUACAUACUGAUAGUGCGUCUAGAGACCAUGUGGCUACCAAGUGA